CAACAUUCAGUUCAGCACACUCAAGCGGAGCGGUUCGUUCGUUUUUCUGCCUCUGCUCUCAGCUCGGCUCGUUUCGUUUUUCGUUUUUCGAUUCGAAUCGCUUUUGUGUGUCGCCCCACCAAUCCAAAAAAAAACCAAAAAAAAAUAAAUAAAAUACUAAAACUCGACACACACUCGAAAAAUUAUACAAAUCGUAAAGCUGAACGCGGGGCAUGUGGAGCAUUGUGUGGCAACAAAGAGAUUUGUUGAUUUUUUAAAGUAGUUCAAAUGAAAAAUUUAUAACCACGAAAAGUUGAGCAAUUUUUAUACAUCAGAAAUACCAUAUAUACAUAUAUAUAUUUUUGGAAAACCAAAAUCUAAGGUGUGUGAGAGUGUGUGAAAAGUUAAGAGAAAUAAGAGUGUCGUCUUGUCGCAUAUUUUGAGAAAUAAUUAAAGAUUUCAAGAUAAAGAGUAAAAUGUUUGAGCCCUAUGUGAAAAUAAAGAAAAAGCGAAAUGUGCAUGAAAUCUAUGAAAAUGAGAAUUUAGAGCAGCAGCAACAACAACAACAAUCUGCCACAAGCGAUAAUUGUUGCUGCCAAAACGGAGAGCCGCAGAAUGUGGCCAACAAUACGUUGAGCAGCAUUUUGGCCACGCCGCCUGAAUCGCCACCAGCAGCAGUAGCUGCAACAUCUGCUGCAAGUGGAGGAGCCGCAGCAACAGCAACAGGAGCAACGGCCAGUAGCAGCAGUAGCGGCAAUUGUAGUCGCCUUCAGCAAUUGAUAUCGACGCCACCAGUAUUAUUGCGCAGAUCAUCGCUGCAGCAACAACAACACCAACAACAACAACAGCAACAUCAAGCAGCAACACCUCCCACACAUCAACAAGCUGCGCCUUCAGUUUUGCAACAGCAUUUGGGUCACCUGAAUUACGAAAGUGGAGCAGCAACUGCAGCAGCGACAGCGACGGCAGCAACAGCAGCAACGCCAGCAACCAGUAGAAGUGGCUCGGCAACACUGGCACAGCAUUUGGCAACACCCAGCAACAUAUUGCAGGCUGCAUUCGGCAGCAGUAACUUGCAACACAUACUGACACGCUCGCAAAGUUCCUCACCCUCGUCCUCCAACAACUGCAGCAGUGCCUGUGCCGGGAAUACCCAUUACAACGGUGGCAGCAACAGCAUCAUUGCCAGCCGAUUGUUUGGAGCUGCUUCCUCUUCAUCCUCGUCCUCGAUAGCUGCCUCUGCCACAUCAUCAUCAUCCUCGUCGUCGUCGUCGUCGCAUCAUCUGCAUAGCCACCACUCGGCACUGACCAACUCGAUAACGAAUCGCAUCAAUCAGUCGAUAAGGAGGCAUCUGAACCAGCAGCAGCACCAGCAUCCCCUCAGUGCCUCCUCUUCAACAUCCUGCUUGUCCUCCUCAUCGUCAUCCUCGUCCUCCUCAUCUUCGCCAGCAGUGGCCCACUAUCAACACUAUAAUUGCGCUCAUCCUGCCCAGCAGCAGCAGCAACCUCAUCAUCAUCACCACAACAGUAGCAGCAGCAGUAGCAGCAGCAACAACAACAUCAUCAGCAACAACAACAACAACAAUCAACAGCAACCACAACAAUCUCCUCUGUGCCUAGUAUUAUUAGUUAAAUGCCCCAAUUCUAAGGAAUUUUGUAACGCCGCCGCAAAUUUCUGUGAUAAAAGAUUGCCGGUGAACGAAUGUCAGGCAAGCCAAACAGCUAGAGUCACCUCGAACCUGCACGCAUCCAGUAGCACCAUGGCGGUCAGCCGUGUUCCCUCGCCGCCCUUGCCGGAAGUUAAUACGCCAGUCGCCGAGAACUGGUGUUAUACGCAGGUCAAAGUGGUUAAGUUUAGUUAUAUGUGGACCAUAAAUAACUUUAGUUUUUGUCGGGAGGAGAUGGGUGAAGUACUCAAAUCGUCCACAUUCUCAGCCGGUGCUAAUGAUAAACUGAAAUGGUGUUUACGGGUUAAUCCCAAGGGCCUCGAUGAGGAGAGCAAGGAUUACUUAUCUUUAUACUUACUGUUAGUUUCUUGUAAUAAAUCAGAAGUCAGAGCCAAGUUCAAAUUUUCCAUUCUGAAUGCGAAGCGUGAGGAAACAAAAGCCAUGGAAUCCCAAAGAGCUUACCGUUUUGUUCAGGGCAAAGAUUGGGGCUUCAAGAAGUUCAUUCGCCGCGACUUCCUGCUGGACGAGGCCAACGGCCUGCUGCCGGAGGAUAAGCUGACCAUCUUCUGUGAGGUCAGCGUUGUGGCGGACAGUGUCAACAUCUCCGGACAAUCCAAUAUCGUGCAAUUCAAAGUGCCCGAGUGCAAGCUAUCCGAGGAUCUCGGCAAUCUCUUCGACAAUGAGAAGUUUAGCGACGUAACGCUCUCGGUGGGCGGACGUGAAUUCCAAGCGCACAAGGCCAUACUGGCAGCGCGCAGCGAUGUCUUUGCGGCCAUGUUCGAGCAUGAGAUGGAGGAGCGAAAGUUGAAUCGUGUCGCCAUAACCGAUGUGGAUCAUGAGGUUCUUAAAGAAAUGCUGCGAUUCAUAUACACGGGCAAGGCGCCCAAUUUAGAAAAAAUGGCUGAUGAUCUCCUAGCGGCUGCUGAUAAGUAUGCACUUGAAAAGCUGAAAGUGAUGUGCGAGGAGGCGCUGUGCGUCAAUCUCUCUGUUGAAACGGCAGCCGAAACCCUAAUAUUAGCUGAUCUCCAUAGUGCGGAUCAAUUGAAAGCACAAACGAUAGAUUUCAUAAAUACUCAUGCCACCGAUGUAAUGGAAACCUCUGGCUGGCAAAAUAUGAUCACAACACAUUCACAUUUGAUAGCGGAGGCAUUUCGUGCGCUCGCAACCCAACAAAUCCCACCAAUUGGACCACCUAGGAAACGCGUGAAAAUGAGCUGAAACAACAAUGCAAUUACAACAAAAACAACAACAACAACAACAACCACAACAAUAAGAACAACAAACCAUACACCAAUAAAACAAAAGAAGAAAAGCCACAACACCAACAACAAUCGAUUCAAAAAUUGCAAUAUAAAUAAAAAGAAUUUGAAAAGAUGGAAACAUGUUAAAUAUUUAUUAAAUCGAUUGGCAGCUGACCUCCAGAAGGUAUGCGGCAAAACUACAAAAGCAACAACAACAACAA